GGACCUUUGGUCGCAUCGAUUAACUCGUUAAACGUGUGAUGGUCAACGUUUAAAGGAACGCUGACUGUUUUAAACAUUCUGCGCUCUUUCACACAAAUAAAAAGACUUCCUGAUAUUUGGGUCAUUCUGGUGUUUAAAUCACGUUCGCUUUGAGGACUUUGUUAGUGGAACUUUGUGAAUCCGAACACUGUGACCUUGACUUUGACUUUGACUUUAUUUUUUCGCCUUCUCUGACGCAAAACUCCUGCACCUCUCGUCUGGAUGUAAAUCUCUGCCUCAUUUGCCUCAAAAGUCAAAUAGCAGCCGCAGCAGUGGGUGGAUUUACGUGUUUCCUACUCAAAUGAGUGAAAUGAGUCAAAUGAGCGGUCUGACCCCUGGAGCCCGGAGGGCAGAUGUUGGUGUCCACUCACUGAGCAGCAAGAGACCAGCAGCGGAUCAGGAAGCUGUUUGUACGACAGAAUCCUCAAGAUGAAGAUCUGCGUCUGUGGAGCCUUCCUCCUCCUCCUCUUCCUCUGCGCUACAGUGGCUGGACUGGGAUCAGUGGUGGUUAAACAUUAUGAGUACGUAAAGCACCAUUACACCUGGGAUGAAGCUCAGAAGCACUGCAGAAGUGAGUUCACCGACUUGGGGACCAUCUUUAAGAAGUCCGAUGAAGAAACAAAUUUGGAAUCUUACGCUGCGUGGGUCCGCCUGUACAAAAUAAACGGUAACUGGGUGUGGUUUGAUGGACAAACAAUGUCAUCCAAUGACGACCGCUGGGAACCAAACGCAACGCACCCUUCAGACAGCUGUGCAGUCGUCUAUUACGGCAGCAACAAGUUAACUGGCAGCAAAUGUGACAGAUACGCCUUCUUCUACUGUUACGUGGGGCAUUCCGGUGGCUGGUACACCUUCGUACCAGAGUCAAAGACUAGGAGUGAAGCCGAGGCGUACUGCAACACAAAGCACGACCAUCUGGCAUCUUUUGACAGAGGCCAACUUUUGGGGUCAGAGGUCAAGGAGCAGGACUUCCCCGUCUGGACCGGACUUCGCCGAGAGGGGGGGGCGUGGAAGUGGAGCUACGGCUUGUCAGAGUACAGAAAUUGGCCCUCAGUCGAGCCAGGAGACCAGGAUGUCUGCGUCGCCAUCUCCUCCAAGGACAAGAAGAUGUCCGCCAAGAGCUGCUCAGCCCGGUUUCCCUUCGUCUGCCUGAGCACCAACCUGCUCCUGGUGAAGGAGAACAAGACGUGGGAGGAGGCGCUGGACCACUGCCGAGCCCUCGGCGCCGUCGACAAAGGGCAGUACGACCUGGUGAGCGUGCAGCCGGACGACGACUUCGUGACCACCGUGAUGCAGCAGGCCGACACCGAGGAGGUGUGGGUGGGCCUCCGGUUCCUGGCCGGUUCCUGGCUGUGGGUGAACGGGGCGACCCUUCUGUACCCCGACUUGCCGUUGUGCCCCCCCCUGCUGCAGCGCUGCGGAGCGCUGCCCAAGAGCAGCGGUGACUUUGUGCUGGCAGACUGUCUCGAGAGAAGAAACUUCUUGUGCUACCGCAAACAGUGAGAUGAAGGGUGUGCAUAUGCUAAUAGCAACAUGCUAAUGUCUCUUUAGGGAAAAGCUUUAACCAAGUUUAGUCAAACUUAAUCACGCGCUUUUAGAUGUUUUCUGUAAACUUUUAAGAGUGAAAGUCACAUUAAAAAAGCAACUUAA